GAUCAAAAUCUUCAUGGUUUAAUCACAACAUAGUACUUUUCAAACAAAAUAAGCUUAUUUCAACUUAAGAUAAAGAGGAAAUACUCUGUUAUUUUUUAUUGUUUUAUUACUGAUGUAAGCUGCUUGUCUGAAUCAUGACCGAGUGCGAAUCGCAAAAACCAGUCGUUAUGGAAAACAUUGAUAAAUUCGACAAUAAAAAGCAAGUUGUUGCGGAUAAACUACAAAAGAGGGAAGAUGAAAGACUCGCUGAUAUUCAGAAACGUAAAGAAGAAAAGUCAUUAGUGACCUCAGCCCAGGAAAACACAAAAUUCUUCCAUGAUCAUUUUACAAGCGAAAAGAUCGAUCUAGAAAGCGAGCUUCAAGCAUGUGACUCACUGGAUAAAAAUAAACUUGUUGAAAAGUUUGAUGACUUAUCUGUAAGACAUCAAAAACUGCAGCGAUUUCUGACUGAAUCCACUAUGUUUUUGCCAUCGUACGAUGUUCGUCAGUCACAAGAUAUUUUGGCAAAAUUGCAAUCCCAGAUACAGGAAAAGCGAGAUGAGUUGCUUCCAAAGAAGAAAUUUACGUUUCGAUCUAAAAAGAAAGGUACUGUUUCAGAAAAGCAAGAGGAGGUUAAAAAAGAAACUAUACCAGAGGAUGAAAGUGUCAUUUUAGCCGAUUGUAAAUUUACUGACAAGAAAGGACUAGAUUUAAAAAUGGAAGAGGAAAUCAAUAAGAAAGAUGUUGCUCUUGCAAGGCUCGAAUCCUGCACUGUAAAACUUUGUGGAGCAGCAUCUGCUAUUCACAUCAAUAAGUUAACAAACUGUACAAUCCUUUCGGGUCCAGUGUCUGGAUCUAUAUUUAUCAGAGAAUGCAAGAAUUGUACAUUUGUGGUUCCAUGUCAGCAGUUACGGAUACACACAACAACAGAUACCAAGUUCUAUAUUCAUGUAACUAGCAGAGCUAUUAUAGAAGAUUCCUCAGCAGUAAGCUUUGGUCCUUAUAACUGGACAUAUCCAAACAUUGAAAAACACUAUGAAAUUUCAGGACUAGACAAAAGUAGAAAUAAUUGGGAUGACAUUGACGACUUCAAUUGGCUUGCUGCAGACAAGCAUUCACCAAACUGGAGUCUUAUACCAGAAAGUGAAAGAAGUAGUAACUGGAAUUAAAUUGUUGCUUUAGUUAUUUAAUGUCGUACGCUUUAGGAAACCAGCUUUGUUAUACCAAUGUUGAUUGUUGAUUUUUUAAAUGUGAAUAAACUAGUAUAGUAGAUAAAAAAUUUAUUGUCAUUUUACCUACUGAUUUUUAGCAGUAUUAAAAGUAUAAUUCAAAAUU